AUGGAUCCCCAGAGAGAAACGCCCAAGAAAAACAACACAGAGCAUCUAAUUGCCAACAGGCGAGAAGGAAUUGGUGUCUGUGGCUGGAUCCUGGUUUCCCUUUCAUUUCUCCUGGUGCUUAUUACCUUUCCUAUUUCCAUCUGGGUAUGUAUCAAGGUUGUCAGAGAAUAUGAACGUGCUGUUGUAUUUCAGCUGGGACGUAUACUGACGAAGAAAGCAAAGGGACCAGGUGAGUGCAUUCAGUUUUAUUCCGCUGUGGCAGCAGAGGGAGAAAUGAAUGCUUCUAAGGCCCUGAAGCAGGCCUGCAUGGUGCUGGCCGAGUCUCCAGCAGGGCUUCAGCUGCGCCACCUGCAAACAUUAACAACAUUGGCAGCAGAGAAUAACUCCACCAUUGUCUUCCCUCUCCCUAUAAAUAUGCUUGAGAGUUUGGGGCAGAAAAACAGAGGGGGCUAGAGACUGUUCUACACUAGAUCCUUGGGGAGAGGGAUUUAAAGUGUUUCACAGGAAGCAAGGACUUCCAGGUUACCAGGAUGAAAGUUGAAGCAUGCAUGAGUCCUCUGUACCAAAAAAAAAAGAGUAAAAAUAGUUUAAUAGUCACACAUAGCUCCCACAUGAGGAGACUGCAUUUGCAAGGUUCAAGCUCUAAGCAGUUUCAGCUUAGAAUCAUCUCCAAGUGAAACGGAAAGAAUAUAUGCAAAAUGCAAUAAAAUAUGUAAAAUCCAUGUUAGACCUAAUAUGAAAUUUUAAUUAUGCUUUUCACCACA